AGUUGCCGAUUUUUUCCCACCCGAGUUCAUCUUUAGCACUCAGCACAUGGACCACGAGCACGCGAAGCGUGCCUCAUCAAAACUGCCCAGCCGCGUUAUUUGUGUCGACGCUCCUCGAUUCUCGACUAAGGCGUAGUUGUUUCCUGUGCAAUGGUGUAUCCGAAAGUGCCACCGCACAAGCGUGCGGCGGCGAAAAAGCGAGCAAGUUCGGUGACGGCCGGUGCAGCGGCGCGUCCAGGAAGGAUAGCGCAGGACAAUAUCGUGCACCUGUGCCGCCACGCAGCAUCACGCGUGAUGGACGCGAUCGUCGAUGCCGAGACAGGCGGUGCCACGCGGAAAAGUUCCCAAACACCCUACGCCCCGCCGCGUCGCCCCACUGGGGAUUUGCGGCACUACACGACGACGUCGAGCACUUCUUUCGGAACCGCCGCAAACAGUGCAUACGCGCAUGACUCCCUGCGAACCCUGUAUCCGGACUACUUGCGUCCCAGAGGGGCACGAGUGGAAUUGUACCACGAAGAAGGCCCAAGCCAGGUAGAAGUGGGCGGUCCUCGCGGGGUGCGUAGUGAGGAAGUAGAGGGCGACGCGUUGCAGCGAAGCGGCGCAUAUUAUGCCGACACGCUAGUUGAACAGGUGGAAAACUCGUCGCAGCAGGCAGUUGUUGUACUUCAGGCGGAACAACGUGAUGUAGUGCCCCAUAAUAACGAGGAAGUGAUCUCGUCCGGAGUGAACAUCAUCAAGAACGCCAUUCCGCUAGUGGAAGCAGUAGCGCAAGGACGGCCUCGCACUAAUUGUAAUUCUGAUAUGGCGAUCGUCAACACGAGCACUCCAUCGCCGGUGGUCGGUGCGGAGAGGACCACGGCCGCUGCAGUUGCAAGGAGCGAACAAGUGGGGGAGCAAGUGCAAGCCUUAACUCAGAGGACGGAGCAGGAGGAAAUGGCGGGCGCAUCUUCACGAGCAGCCGUCCCUGGUGAUCCGCUCGAGCGUUCGGCCCGGACCGCUACAAGUGCUACGCGGCUUUCGUCACCGCCAGAAGAUCCCGGAUACUUGAUGUUACCCGGGCGGCGCUCUCGCAGUUUUGCCUCGUCCCCGCGGUCUCCAGCCGACUCGGCCGCCACCAACGCUUUGGACCACUAUUUGAAGGAAGGCGCCUACAUGCGGUCGUUCGGAUCAUUGGGUCGACCGCAGUCCUCGCCGCAGACUCUUCACAACUAUGGCUUGCCGUCGUACCAGACACUGCACCAGAACGCGCGACUGGCAGACGGCCCGAAGCCCUCUUUCCGGCCGGGUGGCGCACGGUCCCCUGAUUAUUUUGGCCCCCCUCCAAAGACGCGCACCAUUCGGGGUUAUGACAUUGCGCAACAACUCCCCUUGUUCCCCCUCAUUGUCCUUUGUAAUGCAAAAAAAAAAAAACCAAAUCCUAUCCAGCUGCUGCCUUAUUUUGGCGUGAUUUGCACCACCCAUUAACGAAACCCAAAGAGUAUUUCUGCGCAUGUUUAGCUUGUCAUGCAGCACAGGCUACGUGCUAGCAUAGCUGGUGCUCCUUCUAUAAUUGCGGGCCAAAACGCCAUACAAAGAGGGAUGACGGGGACGGGGUCCUCUUGUGCGCUCUCAUAUGGGGUACAUUCGCGACAAAAAUGAGUUGCUGCAGGAGGUGGUUGACCUACGCUUCGUGAACGAAGAACUGUCCAAGCAAAUUGCGGUUUCGCUACGCGACAAACACGAGGCGGUGGAAAACUGGCAGAAAGCCGCGGGCGACGCUGUUGCGCAACGACAGAAGGCAGAGCAGUGCGAGUACGCGCUCCAGGUUCGCGAAAAGGAACUCGCGCACACGCAAGCGCUGCAAGCCGAAACGAAGCGUCGGCUGGACCGCAUGGACGAGGAUUGUCGACGCCUGGAGGCGAAAAAUUUGGAGUAUGUCCAGGACCUCCGGCUCAUCGAGCGCAACAACGACGCCGCCGGGCGACUCUCCGAGCUGCGAAACGAAAAACUUCGGCUGGAAGAAAAAUUCGGCGUCAGCGAAACAGAGCGGCUGAAGCUGAAGCAGGACCUGCAGAAGUCGGAGGAGAAGCUGCACACCGCGGAGCGCGCAGCUCGGAACCUGGUGGAGAAGGUGCGGCAACUGGAGAAGGAGAGGAUGCGACUGCAAAAGGAAGCCCUCGUACGACAGGAGAACGUGCAGGAGAUGGAGGGUAUCUACCAGCAGAAAGACAACACGUACCACACCCAAUUGGCCAGCAAGCAGGCGCAGUUGGACCACGUCAUUCUAGAAUUCGAGAACUUCAAGCGCCGGCUUUCUGACUACAUCCUCCGCUCUCGGCGCGUGCAGUCAUCGCCACUUGUAACGCUGCGAACAAUCGAAGAAAUGUGCUUCGUGGAAGAAAGUUUUCCCGUAGGCUACGAUAUUGAGGGAGCAGCCGAACAGAACGCUAGCGCGAAAUACAAAAACUAGUAUGGCCGAAACAAUCUCAUAACAUGGAUGCGCAAAAAGUUGCACGCAGACAUUCGAAUCAGAAAAAUCAAUUCGCUUGUGAGAUCCUAAAAAACCAACCAUGCUCCUUGGAUUUCAGCUGCAGAUAUGGAGUUGGAAACCAUCGCAAUAAUUUUAUCAUGUUCAUCCUAUGCAUUAUCAUGUUCAUCCCAUCGCAAUGUUUUAUCAUUGGACUGAGCGUGUGGAUGUAGAUCCGGUUUUGCUUCGAGCAGACGCAACUUAGAAGCACAGUGAUUAGGCAGCAAGUUUUCUGGCUCCUUUUUGCCAAGUCACUGAAUGAAAGCACAAAGCAAGCACGCCACGCAAUACAGAUCUAGAAAAAGCAUGAUCUUACGCGAUGCGAGCAAGGAUGGAAGAAAGCAAAAAUCAGAGAUGGUGGAGCUCUUACAAAUACUAGUUAAGCUCCCGAAAACCCCCAGCACUAAGACUGCUUUUGUUUGUCUACAGGUCGACAGGGGUCGAAGUCGAAUAAUUUGAACAUACUUGCUACACGCUAUUUUACUAGAAGCUGACGCAA